UUAGAGUUGAUCUGCUCUCCCGAGUUCAUUUCACAGGGGUUGUUGGUGGUGGUGUGUGUGUUUUUUUUAGUAUAUAUAUAAAAGGAAUGAUGAAGCCUUCAUUCAUUUUAUUCAGUCUCCUGGUGCACAAUGCGUUCUGCAGAAUUCUUCAGUUCGAGCCAGAAAUGCCCUCCGUCUCUACCAUCGAUGGCCUCCGCACGGCCCGCACGGUGACCCUCUCCAAGCCGCUGUGCGUCUUGCCCACCGGGCACAUGAUUGAGCUGCUGGUCGUGCAAGGAAACGUGACCCCAAUCGCAACAAACCUUGAUGGCACUUACCAGGCAACUAAAGGAGGGGCAACUGGCCCAUACCGAGCUGCACGUUUUGCCAACCCAGAAUGUACCUCUUCCAGCUUCACACCCAGCACAGAUCCCACAAAGAUUCAAACAUUGAUCGAUCGCUAUUUCAUCCGGGUUGGAAGUGAUACCCAGUGUCUGAGCGGAGGGACUGCCCAGUCGGUGCCCUGUAAUGCACCACUGAAUGAAAAUGUAAACUACAGGUUCAAGUACGUUGCCCGAGACCCAAUAACCUUCAUUCUUAGGGAUGAAACCGUCUGGUCAAAACCAAUAACUCUUCUGCAAGUUCAAGAUCCUGCAAGAAUUAUUACUUGGCCUGGUGCAAGGACUGGAGGAAUGGUCGUCCUCACAACCCUUCUGGUUAUCAUUCUCUUCCUUCUCCUCUGUGCCUUUGUUGCUUUUCUGUGGAGAACGAACCGGUUUGCAGAGAAAAGCUCCUUGUUAAGGCCUACUGAAAGUCAGUACCGCACACAUCAGAAAAACCCUGUUUUUGUUGAAGAUACCUACGCAGAAGUAACUGAAAAUCAAGGUGCACAACCUGAGGAGCAGCAGCGUUAUAGCACUGCUACUCCAACACCUUCAGUAUAAGAUGAAAGAUCUAAAAGGUUAAUGAUACAAACUAAAGACUAGAUGAGCUGCAUAUGACUGUUUGUUAAUUUUUAUAUUCCAGAAUAAGCUGCAUGAUGGAGCCCAAAAUUUUGUUUUGUUAGUUACUUUAGAAAUUGGUGUUGAUUUUGGGUUGUAAUUUUUGGGUGUUGAGGUUAUCUUUGUAAACACUGCUUGUAUUAAACUCAUGGUACACCUGA